CUGAGCCUCGGCUCAUCGAUGUGCCCACACUGCGCAGCCGCAGUCGUUCCAGGACACAGAGAGCCGAAGAGGGGAGACGCAACAAUGGCCCUCGAUAAUUUAAUUUUCGGCCAGUGCAUUCUUUAUUUCUUAGCCUUCGUCUUCGGCUUCAUCGCCGUGGUUCCUCUGUCGGAGAACACGGAGGACUUCGGGGGCAGAUGUCUGCUGUUCACGCGCGGCAUGUGGCAGAACGAGAACAUCACGGUGUCGAAGCAGCGCUUCAUCGUGGAGGAGUGGGGCAGCGAGUCCUCCUGCAGCUUCAUCACUUUUGUGGGGAUCUCGUCCCUCAUCCUGUCCGCGGUGCAGGCCUGGCGGCUGCUCUUCUUCCUCUGCAAAGGACACGACGACUCCCUCUUCAACGCCUUCCUCAACCUGCUGAUCUCCUCCCUGGUGGUGAUCACAGUCUUCCUGUCCAGCACCAUCGUCAGCGUGGGGUUCAACAUGUGGUGCGACUCCGUCACGGAGGACGGCACGAUGCCGAGCAGCUGCGAGGAGCUGCAGGACACCGAUCUGGAGCUCGGCCUGGACAACUCGGCUUUCUACGACCAGUUUGCGAUCGCUCAGUUCGGGCUGUGGGCUGCAUGGCUCACCUGGCUGGGCAUCGCAGUGAUGGCCUUCCUGAAGGUCUAUCACAACUACAGACAAGAGGACCUGCUGGACAGCCUCAUCCACGAGAAGGACCUUCUGCUUGGCCGCUCCUCCCGACGCCACUCUGACCUCAAGACAGGCCUGAUCUAGAGACUAGAGGACGGACACACACACACACACACACACACACUCACUCGACCAGUCCUCUCUCUCCGACCAUGAGAAACACCAACGUUUGCCUCUGGAGACAAUCAAGUUAGCUUUAGCUCCCAAUGAUCAUGGAUCCGAUCGAACGGAAGGUUUUACAUCGGAUCUCCAAAGGAAAGUUCUCAAACAAAUGUCCCAGGGGUUGUUAAUGCUUGAGAAAUCUAUUUAGUUUAUUCAUCCACUGUGUGCAAACCUCUCACACACACACACACACACACACACAUACACAACCAUAGUUAAAGUCCAACAGUAUUAAAGCCAUCUAAGGAAAAGAACACACUGUUUUUCUCAGCUCAUGAAUUUCUAUUAAGCGCAGCAUUCAUGGCUGACGGCUCGUGUUAUCUUUGUGAAACUUCUGCAUGGACAUAAUGCAUGACACAUCAAUAGGGUGAUGGUUUUUAGAUGUAAAGGGAUGUUAUUUAGUUUGAUUUAUUUUUAGGAGACUUCUUUGCAUGCAGCUGCAAAGUAAAAAUAAAUAGAUAUGGCUGUUGCAGUGCAUUCAUACUUUAAUCAGCAGUUACAAAGAGUGUUUUAAGAAAAGGACAAAUUAUACUUCAGAACAUUUAUGUAUCGGGCAGAUGGUCUAAAAAAUGCUUUUAGCAAUCUGUGAGAUAAAAAAAAAAGAAAAAAACAUCCUAUGUUGCGCCAAAUAGUAACUCAGGCUUCUCUUCACACUUUAUAGGCAACAACCAAUAUCCGGUAUGACUGCGAGUAGACGCACAAAUGUCCCUGCAUGCACCUCUCCCUGUUGCAUACACAUCACACACUCGCAUAUUGCCAGAGAUUACAGGAAGAUAGCAAAUCAGCUCCUUGACCUUGAUAGGCAACGACAGUUUUAUUCAAAACAACCAAACUCACAAAGCGGUCGGAGCGAAGGAAACCUUCCAUAAAGGCACUUCUUACAAAGUGGCCAUAACCUUUUGGACAGGCGAGAAAUGCAGCAUCUAAGCUCAACGUGUCUAUGCAGGACAUGAGUUCACUGGGUAUUGUUUUAUUGCUCAUGACAAUGUGGUUUGACAGUACAGAGCAGAGUGUGUUUCUUCUUCUACACAGGCGUGUUCGCCGGAUAUUGCUUUGACAUUCAAACGCAAAACCUCAAAUACAACGAUUUCCCUGAAACCUGUUAUAUAAAGAUGUUUUACUGGGAACCAUGUCAUGAGUGUUAUUGCCGAUAUCGAGAGGUCUCUGGAAUCUCUGUGCCUGAUGAGUCCUAGAAUCCAUUUGUGUGAUUUCUGUCUGUUUUGUUUGUUGUUGCUUCAUUCGAUAAAGGGAUUCGCUAAAUAACAUACAGAAUCAUCAUCAA